CAUUAGAUAUAUAUAUAUUUAGGGGUGAAAAUCUUUAAACAGAUUCAAAAUUCUGUUUGGUUUUGGAGUGGGCUGAGAGAGGAGCAAAGAUGAUAAAAGCUGUGAUGGUGAUGAACACUCAAGGCAAGCCUCGCCUUGCAAAAUUUUACGAAUAUCUGCCAGUGGAGAAGCAGCAGGAGCUUAUACGAAGCGUUUUUGCAGUCUUGUGCAGUAGAGCUGAGAACGUAAGCAAUUUCAUAGAGGCUGAAUCGAUUUUUGGUCCGGAUAGUCGCCUUGUAUACAAGCAUUUUGCUACUCUUUACUUUGUCUUUGUAUUUGAUAGUUCUGAAAAUGAACUAGCUGUGCUUGACUUGAUACAAGUUUUUGUGGAAACGUUGGACAAAUGCUUCAAGAAUGUUUGCGAGCUUGACAUUGUGUUCAAUUACAGCAAGAUGCACACUAUCCUGGAUGAGAUAAUUUUUGGAGGUCAAGUGCUGGAAACAAGUUCAACAGAAGUUAUGAAGGCAGUUGAAGAGAUAUCUAAGUUAGAAGCUGCCUCAAAUGCUAUCACACUCAUUCCGAAGUCUGCUUCCGGUUGGCGAAGUAGGUAGUUCUGCAUUCAAAUGCUGUUCAAACCAGUCCUCAAUUAUUUCUUGUCAGUGUGUGUUGAUAACUUGUGAUUUUUACUAACUUGGGCCGGUGUUGUACAUUGGUGAAAGUUUAAAUGCUUUGAGUGAAGGGAUCUGUUUCGUAUUGGUCCACAGCAUCAAUGUCAAGAGGUAUUAUUAUAUUUGAUUAGUUAUUUUUGUGCUUCGUAGUACGAAAUAAAUACAGGUAACAAGCUGUUUUACUCGCAAUUUAUAAUAUGCUUUUACUUUGAGAUCUCA